UGGGGACGCAAACUGAAGCUCUGCUCUUUGGUUUCCCGCUGGAAUUUGCCACUCGAGGAUUAUUGAUUUUCGUGAACAUUUUUAAUCUAAAAGGAUAAAGGAAAUUUAAAAUUAAAAAAGAAAAAAAAUGGAUUUACACUUUUUGCUUUCCAUGUUGUCAGUGAUGUAUUCUGGGAUUUUGCACACAGUCCUAUCAGCACCAGCUGGCGAGACACCCGCUGCCCCCGCUGCCACCCCGGGGCGCCAUGUGAGGACCAAGCGCUGCUCCUGCGCUACGUUCCUGGACAAGGAGUGUGUCUACUUCUGCCACCUGGACAUCAUCUGGGUCAACACACCUGAACGCGUGGUCUCUUACGGACUGGGAAACGCGCCGAGGAUGAGGCGCGCGGUCGCCGACUCCAUGGCAACCGACUCGGGGCUUCGCUGCAAGUGCCUCCGUGAAAACGACCAAACCUGCACCAGCUUCUGCCAUGUGGAAAAGCCCCUCAGAUAUAAGACUUCGCCAGACAAGGUGAUCCUCUCUGCCGAGGGCGAUGAUUGUGCUGAGGCGCAGUGCAAACACAGGCUGGCAGCCAAGGCGGGCUGGAUUAAAAGGAUGAAGAAUGGCAGGAAGAGACCGCUGUCGCCUUCAGCGCUCAGGGCUGUGCUGAAAACACAUCUGCUGCUGGAGAAGUGGAGGGUGAGACAGCGCCACAGGACAAGAGCCUGGGAGGGGGAGAGCACAGCUUCCUAGAGGAGACGGAUGACCUGCACACCUUGUCAGACAUAGAGGGAAGGGAUUUCAUGCAGCAUGGAACCUCUCUCCAGCCAUCUGCCAUUAGGGGGCCAUGUGCAGCGGCCCCUCAGAAAGGCAUUGGACAGUCCACACAAGGCCAGCGAACUGAAACUCCAUGUUGGCUUCAGCAGCUGUGGUGUUAUGAAGUGUCUGCUGCUGGUAGUGCACAGUGCAUUUUACCACCAAGCUGGUUUUGCACCCCAGAGAGAUGACACCAGGUCAGAGACAAUCCAGGGCGUUCAGGUGGGAGAGAUAAGCUGAACUGAAGACUUGACCCUGGCUUACUAAACCAAGGACUUUCACUGGUCUUUUCAGGUGUCAUGGUCAUAUGAGAGGCUCUCUGGUCAGUGUCUGUAUGGCGUCACUCCUUCAAACCCAAAAGACCAUCAAGUGGAAUUUCACAACACUGACUUUCACUGGGAGAACUGACUAAUUUUAAUUCCUCUAAGCCUACUGCAGAAAAUGAAUCUCUGGCAUGAAUGGAUGAGGCUGUUCUACUUACAUUUCAACAUACCAAUAUGCUCUCCUGUGCAUUUGCAUUGAGACACUGUCAGGCUGUCUAUUGUAUAUGAUUAUGUGCUUUGUCAUCGUCGUGCGCAAGUUGUUUUGUAAUUGACUGAAACCAGUUACUGCAUUUACAUAACACAGGACACAGGUCACUGUAACUAUGCAAUAGCUCUUGGGAGUUUUUCUUGCUGACGUCAAACUCAUCUAUCAUCACAGAUUUCUCUACAUAUAUUGUAAUUUAAUUCUUCACUAAAUAUUUUAUGCACAUUGUUGCAAGUAUGUGCUUUGUUUUUAUUUAUUCAUGUUUACUGGCCAUAUUGGUCCAUUGUGUCAUAUUUUGCUUUGUCAUUUCAAUGAAAUGUGUUCUCAUCAAAAUGCCAAAUCCUGGCAAACCUAUUGACAAA